AUUACUAUGAGUCUGAUUUCGCCCAAAAAAGUAUGUUUAAUUACUAUUGUAUCUCCGUAAAAAAAUUUUGGGGGAGGGGGUGAAAAAAAACAAAAAAAAAACAGUGUCUUUAAAAAGGAGUAAUUUAGGAAAACAAGGCGAUCAUUCUUAGACACACACAUCAUGGUGUUCCCUGGCGUGAUUAUAUAUAAAGAGACACCUGAAGAAACGGCAUCGUUUCAGGUCAUCAUCAUCUCUAUUCUCCCACCUCCCAAAAAACGGUAUAAAGAUCACACAGAGACACGCAACACAAACGAUCCGCCACCGUCUCCGCCGCAUCACUGAUCCCCAACCGUCGCCGGAGGUAGGAAAAUGGCGAAGAACUCGAAGCAAAAGAUGUCGGUGUUGUUAACGAAGCUCGGCGAUCGAGAUACUUUCACAAUGGCGGCUCGGGAGCUCGAUUUGAUGGCUAGACAGAUUGAUCCUUCCUCCGGGAACCUCCAGUCGUUUAUUUCCGUUAUACUCUCCGCCGACACCGGCGAUAAACCGGCGGUUCGUAAGCAUUGUAUUCACUUGCUCGCCGUCUUAUCCGUCUCUCUUCCUCCAAACUCCCUGUCUCCUUUUCUCUCAAAGAUCCUCGCUCGCAUCACGCGGCGCCUCCGUGAUCCGGACUCUUCCAUCCGCUCAACCUGCGUCGCGGCUGUGUCGGCGAUCUCCUCCCGCACGGCGAAGCCUCCUUUCGCUUCCGCAUUCAUGAAGCCGCUGGCCGACACGCUUUUCACAGAGCAGGAGGUUAAUGCUCAGAUCGGAGCGGCGCUGUGUCUCGCGGCGGCGAUCGAUGCGGCGGAGGAUCCGGAUCCGACUCGAUUAGGGCAGGCACUUCUGCCUAGACUGGAGAAGCUGGUGAAGUGCAACGCGUUUAAGGCGAAAUCGGCGGGAGUCGUUGUGAUCGGAAGCGUGAUUGGCGCUGGCGGUGUGAGCUCCGGCGGAUUGAAAGGGCUGGUGGAUUGCUUGGUUAGCUUCUUGGGUAGUGAAGACUGGGCGGCGAGGAAAGCAGCCGCCGAAGCCUUGGGGAAGCUAGCCACGGUGGAGAGAAAUGACUUAGGCGAGUUUAAAACCAAAUCCCUCAAGAUUUUCGAAAACAGGAAAUACGACAAGGUGAAAGCUGUGAGGGAGGUGAUGAAUCAGAUGAUGGAGGCAUGGAAACAAGUCCCAGAUUUAUCAGAGGAGGUUUCUCCACCCAGAUCUAAUGCUUCUUCUAAAGGCAAUCUUUUUCCUCCACCAUUUAGAUCUUUAGCCAAAUUAGGAAACUUUUUCUUGUUUGGUAUGGGAGCAGAUGAUGCAAGUGAUGGACGAUACCCUUCACGCUCUAGAUCAAGAACUCAUCUGCUUAAUAGAUCGACUCCACCGGGGAGCUCAAUCGCCGCCACGGCUAGGAGACGGACUGACAUAAAAAGCAGUGAUGGGAAGAAAACAAGCUCAGUACCAUCACAUGCCAGAUCAAACGUAAGGAGAAGAUUGGACUGGAAAGCUGGAGGAGCUAGUAGUAUUCCCACUUGUGAGCCUCUGGAAGAGGAACAUCACUCCCAUAACGAAAACACAAAGGAAGCGAGUCAUUCUAAUCACGAUACGGUGCAUGGCAAUAUCCUCCCGUCAUCAGGUGCUACUACCGCAACAGGACAUCAUCACCAUGUCUUGUCUGAAAACCAGAAUAGUAGUAACUGCAAAGGGCUUGAAGACAUAUCUCUGAUACGUAAUCAGCUUGUUCAGAUUGAACAACAGCAAUCGAACCUGAUGGAUCUCCUUCAGAGAUUUGUUGGAAGCUCGCAAGAUGGAAUGCGUGGUCUGGAAACGCGAGUUCAAGGCUUGGAACUUGCGCUAGAUGAGAUAUCUUAUGACUUGGCAGUUUCUAAUGGGAGGAUGAGUAACAACGGUUCAAGCAGAAACAACUGUUGUCUCCUUCCAUCUGGAGGUUUCAUUAGAUCCAAAUUCUGGAAGAAACCUGAUUCCAAGUAUUCAGCAUCGAGGCUGUCUAGUUACAGGAACAGAAAUGCACAAACCAUCGGGAUACAGGACUCGAGGCAGCGGUUUAAUGGUGCUGCGGGAUUUAUAGUCAACCCAUUAGCUGAAAUACGAUCAGAUCAUGGAUCUGCAGGUAUGCCUCAUAAUUGAGGGAAGAAGAGAAGAAAACUUACAAAGAUUGUGAGACAUACAACCACAGUGUGUGAUUGUGGUGAUUCAUACUGAUUACUACUAAGUUAUAAUAUAAUAUUACUACCCUACGUUCUCAACCAUUUCAGUAUUUCUUUUUCCUUGAAAAUAUGUUCUACUAAAAUCCUUUAAAAAAUUAGAUUGAGAUCAAAGAUAUGUUUGCCUUUUCUUGUCAGAGCUUGCGUUAUGGGGUAAAUGAAUUUCAGUUUUCAUGUAGCAAUGGAAGUGUUCUUCAUUUUCUUUUGUGAGUUCAAAAUAUAAAACAGUAGUAGUAAACAUA